UGACAGCUCUCUGGUUACUGAGCAGGAGGACCAGCAGCUGAACCAGAUCCUCAGAUCCUCUCUGCUGCUCUCUGGAUCUGAUCUGGAUCUGAUCUGAUCUGGAUCACAUAUAAACCUUGUCCCCCUCUCACGGAUUGUUCCGUGCAUGUGUGCAGGUGUGCAGGUCUGCAGCCCCCCCACACCAGCUGACCUGAGGACCUGAACCACCAGCUGACUCUAACCUGGAUCCCCGUCGGAGCUGGUCUCCAUGCACGCCCGGGUCCGGGUCUAGGUCCUCCAUGGAGCUGUGUAACCUGUACGAGUCGGGUCCCCGACCCCUGCUGAGCAGCCUGCCCCCCCAGCAGACCCAGUCGUCCUACAGAGACCCGGCAGAGCUGGGAGGAGAGAUCGGGGACAGCGAGACCUCCAUCGACCUGAGCGCCUACAUCGACCCCGCAGCCUUCAACGACGACUUCCUGGCGGACCUGUUCCAGCACGGCGGCCGGGGGGACCGGCUGAAGAUGCUGAGCGGGGGGGGCGAGUACGAGCCGGUCCCGGUGCACCCGGUCCACCAGGUCCCGAUCCCGGUCCCGGUGCAGUGCGCUCCGGGUCUGCAGCAGCACUACAUGCCGGACUACCUGGAGUCCAAGCUGGACCCGGUCUACGACCCGAACCCGCCUCGCCUGCGCCCCGUGGCCAUCAAACAGGAGCCCCGGGACGACGAGGACCUGAACCAGGACCUGGACCUGAACCCGGGCCGGCCCCCCACCUACCACCACCCGACCCCCCAGCAGUACUCCCAGCAUGCACCGCACCAGCACCAGCACCUCCAGUACCAGAUCCAGCACUGCGCGCAGACCACCAUGCACCUGCAGCCGGGUCACCCGACCCCCCCACCGACCCCGGUCCCGAGCCCGCACCCACCAGAACCUGCACCAGCACCCGCACCAGCACCCGCACCAGAACCCGCACCAGAACCCGCACCACAAGCUGCUGGAGCUGCAGACGCAGAACCAGACCGGUCCUCGUCCUCCGGGGGGCUCGGGAAGAGCAAGAAGCGCGUGGAUAAGAGCAGUCCGGAGUACCGGCUGAGGCGCGAGCGCAACAACGUGGCGGUCCGGAAGAGCCGGGACAAGGCGAAGAUCCGGAACAUGGAGACCCAGCACAAGGUGGUCGAGCUCAGCAGCGACAACGACCGCCUCCGGAGGAGGGUCGAGCACCUCAGCAGGGAGCUGGACACCCUGAGGGGCAUCUUCAGACAGCUGCCGGACGGCUCCUUCAAACACAACGCCAGCUGAGGACCGGGACUACCGGACUACUGGACCGGGACCGGCACCGGGACUACUGCACCCCGCUGCUGGAUCUAUACUCACACCUCUGCAUGCGGACUGACUCAGGCAGCUCACACAUCUGCAUUCUGUCUUUCACAUCUGGAGAACUGAACCAGAACUAGAAUCAGAAUCAGAAUCAGAACCAGAACCAGGACCAGAACCAGGACCAGGACCAGACAGAGACUGAGGGUCCACCUGUAGACUGGAAACAGGUGAAUGUGUCUCACCUUCAUCUCAUUGGCUGAUCAGGUCUCACCUGUAUGAGGACUAUAGAGACUCUAGAGACUCUCAGACCGGCUGAGACAGGGGACCGGGGGACCGGGUCCAUGUGGACCGGGUCCAUGUGGACCGGGUCCAUGUGCCUUCUUUAAUAAGCUCAGCAGAGGACCGGCUCGGUUCUGUUCGGUGGGGGGGUGGGGGGGUUGUUUGUGCCUUAUUGAUCGGGACAGACUCAACUCACAUAUCAGUGCAGCUAUAAGGUAGGGGGGGGGGGGUGAUCCAGAUCAGACCAGACCAGAUCUGAUCUGAUCUGAUCUGAUCUGAUCUGUCUGUUCUCAUUUUGUCUCUUGUUUGUUUUAUACAAAGUUACAACCAUGUCCUCAUGUCCUCAUCAUGUCCUCAUCAUGUCCUCAUCAUGUCCUCAUCAUGUCCU